CGAGCAAAGUUGCGACCACACCAAGGGAAGGCGUAGAACAGGGGAAGCUGCGACAGGUUUCAUGCAGAAGGACCCCAGCGGAGGGGGGCGAGAGACGACGGGCAUGCGGAUCUUGGCGUGCAAGCUCUUGAAUUUUAUUAUCUAGGUUUGCGCUUUUCCACACAUCUCGCGGGUGAAAGCGGAGGGGAGAGCCGAGGCAGCCUUAGAGCGACGCAAAGACAACCACCAAUGAACAGACGGCAGAGCCAGGGCGUGCCCAAGGGGGGCUACGGAUCUCUUGCCUGUGCUCCGACGAGGCGGCGGUCGAGGAGCAGGAGCAGGUCUCGAAGCCCGCCUAGCACCGCCUCCAGCAGCAGCGGGCGAAGCAGGAGUCGGAGCACUCGCAGCAGCAGGGAGCGCGCGAGGAGAAGGAGACGACGAAGGCGGAGACGCACAAGUAGCCGAUCGGACUCCAGCUCCUCGUCCGAUUCUAGCUCUAGCAGUAGCUCCGGAUCGCGAGGUAGCAGUCGUCGUCGCGGCUCCACCCACAGCAACUCCCGCCACACGCGCGGCGCCGGGGGGGUCGCCUUCGGGGGUACGCACUUCGUCGGUGGCAGCAAGCACGGCGGCGGUCUAGGCGGCGGCGGCGGCAGCGGCGGCAGCGGCGGCAACGGUCUCAUGGGCAUGGGGAUGGGCAUGGGCAUGGGAAUGGGGAUGGGCAUGCCGAUGGGCAUGGGGCCGAUGGGGAUGAUGGCCAUGGGUGGCGGCGGUGUCGGGGGCGGCGGCAUGGGUGUCGGUGGCGGCGGCGGCGGCGGCGGGAAGGACUACGCGUCGAUGGCCUCCAUGUCCUGCCCCUCGAGCGGCGUCAACAACAACGGCUUCCCGUUGCGGAACCCCGGAGUGGUCCCCGGGAGAGGCCGGUUCAUGUCGUCCCCGUCCUCCCUUCACGCCAACGGGGCGGUCGCGAGGCCGAUGCCCGCCGCCGUCUCCGCAGGAAAGGAUUACGCGAGCCUCGCGAGUGGGCUCGCUCCCGGCGGGUCCGGUCGAGGUGCCGGUGCGGGCGGCGGCGGGAUGGACAGAAGGGGCGGCGGUGGCGGAGGGGGUUAUGCCGAUCAGGCGAGGGACGUGCGGAACGCCGGCAGGGCUCUCGGAGCCGCGAUCAGCGGGCGGCGGUCUGGCAGCUUGAGUAGAGGCAACGGCGGCAUUGGCGGCGGUGGGCGAUUCGAUCGAUCAGGAGGAGGCAGCGGCAGCAGCAAGGCACCGCCUUCCCCGCCGGGACGGGACCAGUUCGGACGCGAGCGGGAUUGGCGAAGCAGUGCCUCGAACGGCCGACGGCAGGGGGCCUCCCCGCCAAACGGCCAGCCGCCGGUGGUUCACGGCUCCGGAUUCGGGACUUUUUCGAUGGCGUUGGGCAACAGCGGCGGCGAGGGCGCGACAGCGGUCGCCCCUUCGAAGCUUUCGUCUCGCUCUUCUUCCACGCCCGGUCGAGACAGCCGGAGCCCCGUGGGGUCUCGGGGAGGCGGGGGGGGCGGGGCGGGGCCAACCGCGGCGCUGCCGACUCGCGCAGAUCUCGUUCGAGCGCACUCCUCUCGCCAGCGGCAGCGGCAGCUGCAGGAGGGGGCGUCGCUGCAAGACGGGAGGAAGCAGCAGCAGGGAAACAACGUAGAUCAGCGGCAGAGACUGUCCCCGGAGCGGCGGGACCAAGCUGAGAACCACGCCAGCGACCACCACCGGCGUGGCGGAGGGAGCCAAACCCCCAGUGAAGACGGGAGCAAGAGGGACCAGCCGCAACAGCAGGCAUCAAAACAGCCGCAGAAGCUUGUUGGACGCGAGAACGCCCGGCCGCCGGAGUCGACUGCGGACGGCGGUAGCAGCGGUGACGACAGAGGGGGCGGCGGGGGCAGGACUUCAGCAGCAGCAGCAGCAGCUGCUGCUUCCACUGCCGCCGCCGCUACCGCGGUCGCGUCGGCGCCAGGCAAGAAGGCCUCGCCGGACGGGUCGAAAUCUCCGCACCCCGCUGGUCCGUCGACGGCCGUGGCUGCUCCUGUGCAAGAGAACAACAACGGUGCUCCUUCUCCUCCUUCACCCUCGCGUCACAGCAGCAACGGCAGCAGCAGCGGCGGCGGCGGCGGCGGCACAAUGGCCGGCGGGUCCGGGUUAGGCACUCUCGCCGGACUCGCGCCUACGAUGGACCGCCCCCCUCCCAGAGGGGUCGGGGAUGAUUCUUCCUCCGGUGGGAACACAAGCCAACAGCUCAGCCCUUCAAGACGGGGAGUCACGAACGGCGGCGUCGGUGGCCGAGCGGUAAACGGGGGUCCUCCGGCAGAGCGUGAGCGCGACCGGCCGCGGCCGCACCCCCGCUUAGGCCUGGGCGAGGGCCUCCUCGCGAGGAACGAGCCGGCCGGAGGUGACUCGGAGGUUUCGCCGCAAGGAGGGAGCAAUCAGAAUGGCCGUGAGAGCUCCGGCGGCGGUCGGCCUUCCGUGGGAGACUUGCAAGAGCGAGACGCGGACGGCCGCGGUGCUUGGAAGCGCGACGGGCAUCGGGCCGGAGGACCGGGCGACUCUCACCGGCCUUCCAUGGGCGGCGGGGACCGCGGUGUCGGAGGUGAUCGCGGUGGUCCUUAUCGAGGCAAUGGGCACGGCGUCGGUGGCGGUGGUGGUAGUUUGCCCGGCGGUAGGGGUGUCGUGCGGGAACGAGAUCGACCUGAUUCUCCCAGGGAUCGCGGCAGGUACAACCCAACGCCCCCGCAACCCCCCCCGCUCAUGAGCUCGGCCGAGCACAGCCACGGCUCCGGGACCCUGAGCGUGUCUGCGAGGAGAGCGUCUUUAGGCUUCCCCCUCGGCGGUGGGCGCAACGGUGGCGAUUGGCAGGACAGGAACGCCGGCGGGAUGCCGGGCCAGAUGGGGGGAGGAGGCAACAGAGGGGGCGGGGGAGGGGGUUACAAGCGUCCCCGCAGCCCGGAACCAGUGGCGAUGGACUUGGAGGAGGACUCGCCGAGCCCGCCCCGCGGCCGGGCCCCAGAAUUCCUCAAGCAGGACUUCCGUGGCAACAAUUACGCCGAUUCUCGCAACCACCGCCCUGGCUGGGACGGCCGCUCCACUCCACCGGGGGACCCAUCAUCCCGCUACGCCAUGGAAGGAGGGAGCAGCGGCGGCGGCAAUCACGCACGACACCAGCACCAGCAGGGGAUGCACCCGCUUGCCAACGGCCCAGGAGGGGGAGCAGGGAGUGGCGGGGCAGGGUCGCCUCUCGCGCCCCCGCCUCCACAGCGGGGGUCGCCGAUGCCACCGGGGGCGGGGGAGGGCGGCGGCGGCGGCGGCGGCGGCGGCCCGCGAUCCCCCCUCUCGAUGCACUCUGCGUCGCCCCUGGCGCUCGGCCAGCACGGCUCGCGGUCUUCGCCAGUGUCGGGUCCGAAACGAGGGGAAGAAGGGAGGGGUUCCGCGGCGGCGGGUGACGGGGAUAGUGCGGCGGCGGCGCAGGGCGGGGAAAGCAAUGGAUGGGGCGGCGGCGGGAGCAGACGCCAGCGGCCUCCGGUGAUCACGGACCGGCUGAUUUCUCUCAAGGCGGAGUUCUUGGAGCUGCACGACAUGCUCAUGGAGAGCGACUUCCAGUGGGAGGAGAGCCAGCGGUUCUGCGAGGUGCUGAAGCUGCAGCUCGACCAGCUGAUGCUCGUGCCUCACCGCCACCGCGAAUCCAUGGCCUCGCCGGUUUGAUGUGGAUGGAUGUCGAGAGUGGUGUGGAAUAUUUGUGAGUCCACCCGAAUCAGAAUAGCAGCGGUAACGGUGUAGCGAGAAGGAACACGUGCGAGUGAUGGAACGGGGAAGGGCUUGCUGCUACGCUGUGAUAUGGAGUAGCAACAAAUAGCAGCGAAGGAGCGCGGAACGUACAUAAAAGAGAAGGGGAUGGAGGAUGAGGGCAAAUAAUGGACGCGCGAUCGCAUGUAUGCGAGACUGACCGCUCUGUGUUGUUUGUUCUGUUGCAUUGGCGCGGGGAUCCCAGAAGAGCCUGAAGCCGAGCUGGGCGACAUGACGGGUGCGUGGUAGGUAGACGGCAUUCUCUCUGGACUUUGGGUCCAAGCUACGGAAGACGAGUAGAAAAAGAAGGGUUGUUUGGUUUCUUGUUUCCCGUAAGUAUAUCGAGUCUCGGGGCGCGGAAAAAUGCCAAAACUGCUGUGAUGGUGUGCCUGGUAAAGAUGGAGGCUUUCUGCGUGUGAAGUCAAUUGACGAGGAGGGUGUUCGCGCCCGCCCGCCUUUCCAUGAUGGGUCGCUGGAGGGAUGUGCGCGGUCAAGUAUCUCUGCGACCUUCGCCCUCCUUUGACUUUGUCGCCUUCUGAAUGGACUAUUUCAAACGUUGUGUUUCCAUGCGUCGGGGCGAUAAACGGCACGAACGAUCGAUCCUGCUUCCUUCUGUUGGCCUGCGUGCGUGACUCUUGGAAGUAUUAUUACAGGAUCGGUUGUCGCUGUAUCACUGUGUACGGUGAUGAUGAUGGUUGGAUACAUGAACGCAUGCUUCGUGAAGGCUCGCCGGACGAGCGCGUUAUUUACGGGACAGCAAUCGGUUGCCUCCUUGUUGAGGUCCAAAUUCGUGCAACAAAGCAGUCGUAGGUUGCUCUCGAAAGUUUUGUCUCGACAACAGCAUUGGAUUAGCAUCUCCCAGUUGGCGUACAGUAGGUAACGACACACGAAAUCUCUGCAGGUGCCAAGAAACUGCUCUCUUC